AUGAAAAAGUUUGUUGAACCCCAGGACCCAAUUGAGAUGGAUGUCACAACAUCUAGUUCAGAUAUUGUCAUACCCACCUUAAAAGAUAAGGGAAAAUCAAUAGAAAUAGGACCACUUCCUAAGAAAGCAGACUUUCCCUUGUUAUUUCCAAAUGAAGGCAAAAAGAAGGUAUCAUUUCAGGAUGAUAUUGGAACAUCUUCUUCUGAAAGUAACAAGAAUGUUGAGUCACCAGUCCCUCAUAGUGAACCUAUCAUCAUCCAGGCGCCCCCUAGUCAGUCCUCUAAAAAACCAGUCAUAGCUCCUAUUCCUCCUUAUAUACCUUUUCCACAAAGGUUGAGGAAUCAGAAAGAGGAGUUGCAGUUCAAGAAGUUCAUUGAUGUGUUCAAACAACUACAUAUCAACAUCCCAUUGGUUGAAGCUAUUGAACAAAUGCCAAGUUAUGCAAAAUUCCUCAAGGACAUUUUGAGCAAGAAAAAGAAGUUGAACGAAUUUGAGACUGUGGCCCUAACAGAAGGUUGUAGUGCCCUCCUUUCCAAUAAAAUUCCCCCUAAACUCAAAGAUCCCGGGAGUUUCACAAUUCCCUGUUCAAUAGGUGGGAAGGAAAUUGGAAAGGCUUUGUGUGAUUUAGGUGCCAGCAUUAACCUCAUGAUCUUAUCAGUAUUCAAUACCAUAGGCAUAGGUGAGGCUAGACCAACCAUAGUUACCCUUCAGUUAGCAGAUAAAUCCAUAACUCACCCAAAAGGAAAAAUUGAGGAUGUAUUAGUCCAAGUGGAUAAAUUCAUUUUUCCCAUUGACUUCAUCAUUCUUGAUUUUGAAGCUGAUAAAGAGACACCAAUCAUCUUAGGAAGACCAUUCUUAGCAACCGGUAGGACUUUGAUUGAUGUUUAG